AUGGGUACACGAAAAGUUGGGAAUGUCGGACUUCCAUUGAUGAAUAUUAUCAGAAUGAAGGGAGUACCCAUCCUGCACCAGUUACACAUCGAGGAGUGUCUUCUUCGAACCUCAUCAGACAAUUGGUGCAUCAUUAACGAUGGGACAAAUAAACCCAAUAUAGUCAUGGGGAUUUCUGGGAAACCUAGUGAACUUGUUGAAAUUACCCCUGUGCUACAACAUAACAUCCCUGUGAUUCGAAGGUUUACUGGUGGUGGGACAGUUAUAGUUGAUGAUGGAACGAUAUUUGUUUCAUUUAUAUGCAACAAAGAUGAUGUUCCUCAUGUACAACCAUAUCCUAGACCUAUCAUGUCAUGGAGCAGCUUGUUGUACUCUAAAGUCUUCCAUGGAGUUGCUGAUUUCAAGCUUCGUGAGAAUGAUUAUGUAUUUGGUGUUCGGAAAUUCGGGGGAAAUGCACAAUCAAUAACUAAAAAUCGGUGGAUACAUCAUACGUCUUUUUUGUGGGAUUACAAGACACAUAACAUGUCGUAUCUUAAGCUUCCAAAACGGGCCCCUGAAUAUCGACUUGCGAGGGAUCAUCUUGAUUUCAUCUGUCCGAUAAAGGACUAUCUUUCAAGAUCAGAUUUCAUUAGCAAAACCAUUGAUGCAGCAGCAACUUGUUUUUCACUUACCUCAACACAACCUCCAUUAAAUCUUGAAUUCAACCCCACCUCAAGUUCUGAUUGCAUCGGAUUUGUCAUGUUAACUUUGAUGCCUCUUCAGUUUCUUCCUGCACCUGUCAUCGCUUCGUUUUCCUCGAAUAUCGUAACUUUUAAGUAUGGGGAGGGUGAAGCUGAAAAUCAAGAGAUUAGAGAACAUUGGUAAUCGACAAGUGACGUUUUCAAAACGAAGGAAUGGAAUCCUAAAAAAAGCCAAGGAGUUAUCUGUAUUAUGUGAUAUUGACAUCAUCCUUCUCAUGUUCUCUCCAACCGGAAAACCUACAUUAUUCACCGGACAACGAAGCAACAUUGAUGAGGUUAUUGCAAAGUUUGCUCGACUAACACCACAAGAACGAGCAAAAAGGAAAUUGGAGAGCCUCGAAGCUUUGAAGAAAACGUUCAAGAAGCUGGACCAUGACGUAAAUAUACAAGAUUUUGCAGGGGCAAGCAGUCAAUCAGCUGAGGAUUUAACCAACCAUGCAAUGAUGUUGCGAUCUCAACUUUCUGAAUUACAUAAGCGACUAAGUUAUUGGAGUAAUCCAGACAAGAUUGAGAACAUUGAACAUCUUAAGCAAAUGGAAGACUCCUUAAGAGAAUCACUCGAUCGCAUUCGGAUACACAAGGAAAAUUUCGGACAACAAAAACUUAUUCCGCUAGAUUGCACAAACCAGUUCCAAAGUGGGUUGCAUUUACCUCUAAUGAUGACCAAUACCCAAGAAGAUCAAACCCUACAAUGGCUUCCGAAUAACGAAAGUCAAAAUUUGAUCUUGACAGAUAAACAAAAUUACAUUCCUCAAAGAGAUGGGGAAUGUUCUGGUGUGUCUCUUUCAAACUAUUCCGGUUUGUUUACCAGCAAAGGGAUAGAAAUGGAAAAAGUUGACCGGUCAAGGCAAGUAGUUGGUGGUUUGACAGAACUAUGUAGUACAUCAAAUUUCCCUUUUAGCCCCUUUGGAAAUCUGAAUUUUCCACAAACAAAAGAAAUGAAGCCAGAUACAUCAACCAACUUACAAGGGUUUCUAGAUUAUUCUAUAAAUUGUAACUUUGAGAUGCCUAGAAAUGUCUACAAUGACAACUUGUGUAACCCAUGGAACCCUGAACCCGGUCCAUGUCCUCUUCCUUUGAUCUAUGGAAACUACUCUCAGCAACCGGAUCAUCUAAUGUCAAACAACGAAAGCUGAAGGAGAAUUCUCGUGUCACGUUUUUUUUUUUUAGAAAGUAAUACUUUGGUUGUAUAAUGUGAACUAAAAAGUAUUAUUAUAUAAGGCCUUUUUUUUUGUACACCGACUAAAUAACCAUUAAGCCGAUUAAAUUAAAAGCAAACAGCCACUUAGAUAUCUUUUGCUGAAACUUACCUUUGUGAAUUAUGGUAAUAAGUAAAAACAAGUUCAAAUAAAUCAUAAAUCACCAUCUCAUAUUUUAUAUUCACAACACAUGGUUUACAAAUAAAGCAAAAGAAGAUCGAUACUGUUUAGUUUCCUGAAAGUGUUUGGACAAUAGUGUUAUGCCAUGGGUCUGAAAGGUGUUGCAAUAGGUUGUCAAAUGGCCCUUUUCCGGUGACAUUAUGCUGAACGAUGAACCCUAGAAACGCCAACAUCGCUAACCUCCCUUUGGCAAUCUCUUUCUCUUUGGCUUCAGCGGUUGGUGCAAAGUUGAGUGGGUUGAAUAUGCCACCUGGGUACCCGACUUCGUUAGGAGGUAAACUGUAGCUUUUGAAGAUCGGAUCUUGGUUUACACUUCCUGGGUUCUUGAUGUCUUGCCAUCUUCUGAUUUCGACGUAGUGGAAAAGAAUGAAUUCGAUCACCAACAGGGUUGAGGAUGAUGCGAAGUAUUCUGAUUUUCCGGCGUCGUACCAUUUAGGAACGUUGAGUACGCCGAUGCUUGUGAAAACCUCCGGCAGUAGCAUUCCGGCGACACCCAACAUGGCCCACCUCCCGUUCACAAGCUCAGCUUGGACGAACCACUUCAGAUUCUCCGGGUCCUCCGCUAGACCCAAUGGGUCGAACCCGUUGUCACCUGGAAGACUUCCGUCGAGGUAACCAGGUGAGGCUAACCCCGGUAGCCAUUGGCCUUUUUUGGCUUCGAUCUUGAAGGAAGCAGAUGAGAAAGUGUUUGCAGGUUUGAGUGAUACUUCUUUGUUUAACUUCCCUGAUGAUCCGGUUAGGAAUCUGGUUCGCGAGGCGCAUGGUCGGAAGACUGCGACCGGAGAUUGUGUGACGGCGGCCAUGUUUUCCGGCAAUGGAGUGGUGGUUUGUAG